ACAAUUCUUCAUGCGGUCACUCUAUAAAAGUUAUGUAUUCACAUUCUGACGGCAAGGAUUUGCUAUUUCUACAAUAAAUCGUCAGUAGGUUGAAAAAUGUUCGCGUUACGUGCCGCCUCCAAAGUUGAUAAAAAUUUGCUGCCACUUUUGGGACAGUUGUCUCGAGGCCAUGCCGCAAAGGCAGCUAAAGUGGCGGCCGGAGCCAAUGGCAAAAUUGUAGCAGUCAUUGGUGCCGUUGUUGAUGUUCAAUUUGAUGAGAAUUUGCCACCCAUUUUGAACGCUCUGGAAGUCGACAAUCGUUCACCGCGAUUGGUCCUGGAGGUGGCUCAACAUUUGGGUGAGAAUACCGUGCGCACUAUUGCCAUGGACGGUACUGAGGGUCUGGUUCGUGGACAAAAGGUUCUCGAUACUGGCUCAAUUAGAAUACCAGUUGGAGCUGAAACUUUGGGACGUAUCAUCAAUGUGAUUGGUGAACCCAUUGAUGAACGUGGUCCAAUUCCAACUGAUAAAACGGCGCCAAUUCAUGCCGAAGCUCCCGAAUUCGUCGAGAUGUCGGUCGAACAGGAGAUUCUGGUCACUGGCAUCAAGGUGGUCGAUCUCUUGGCCCCAUAUGCUAAGGGUGGCAAGAUUGCUUUUGGAGGAGCCGGUGUUGGCAAAACUGUGCUUAUCAUGGAGCUGAUCAACAAUGUCGCUAAAGCUCAUGGUGGUUACUCUGUGUUCGCUGGUGUAGGCGAACGCACGCGUGAGGGUAACGAUUUGUACAAUGAGAUGAUUGAAUCUGGUGUCAUUUCACUUAAGGACAAAACAUCGAAGGUCGCUCUCGUCUAUGGACAAAUGAAUGAACCUCCCGGUGCACGUGCCCGUGUUGCAUUGACUGGUUUAACUGUUGCCGAAUAUUUCCGCGAUCAGGAGGGUCAAGAUGUGUUGCUGUUCAUUGAUAACAUUUUCCGUUUCACCCAGGCUGGUUCGGAGGUUUCCGCUUUAUUGGGUCGUAUUCCCUCUGCUGUUGGUUAUCAGCCCACACUAGCAACUGAUAUGGGUUCUAUGCAGGAGCGUAUUACAACCACCAAGAAGGGCUCCAUCACUUCGGUGCAGGCUAUUUAUGUGCCAGCUGAUGAUUUAACUGAUCCAGCUCCAGCUACAACCUUUGCUCAUUUGGACGCAACCACUGUGUUGUCGCGCGCCAUCGCCGAAUUGGGAAUUUACCCAGCUGUCGAUCCUUUGGAUUCUACAUCUCGUAUUAUGGAUCCCAACAUCAUCGGUCAGGAGCAUUAUAAUGUCGCGCGUGGUGUACAAAAGAUUCUGCAAGAUUACAAAUCUCUACAGGAUAUUAUUGCCAUUUUGGGCAUGGACGAGCUAUCGGAGGAGGACAAAUUGACGGUGGCACGUGCCCGCAAGAUUCAGCGUUUCUUGUCGCAGCCAUUCCAAGUCGCUGAAGUUUUCACCGGUCAUGCUGGCAAGCUGGUCCCAUUGGAGCAAACCAUUAAGGGUUUCUCACAGAUUUUGGCAGGUGAAUACGACCAUUUGCCCGAAGUUGCUUUCUAUAUGGUCGGUCCUAUCGAAGAAGUUGUUGAAAAGGCCGAUCGUCUCGCCAAGGAAGCAGCUUAAAAGUCAUCCUUGUGUGGAGUAAUAUUCAAUUCAAUUAAGCAUUAAAGUUAUCGGAGAAAUUACAAAACUUCUAUCCUUAAUGGACAUAAUAAAACACAAUUAAACACAUCAA